AUGUCAAACAUAGUUGAAAUAUCGGACCCAAGAUCCCCUACGGUAGAAUUUGUCAGAACUCCACUACGAGUAAGUUACAUAAUCAAUUAUAAUAUUUUUAUUUUGUUAAUUUUAACUUAUUAGGUAGUUAAAAUGAUAAUUGAUGAAGAAAAUAUUCCUACUGAGACACGUUUAAUCAACAACUUGUCCUGUGAUCAAGUGAAAUCUAUACCAAUUGUUAGUAGCAAUACAGAUACAGAUGAUUCAUUCCAUUCAGCAGUUGAUGAUGAUGACAUGGAACUUCUUAUUCCUAAUAUGACCACUCCAAAAGUGAAGAAAAAUAAAUUUAUACAAAGGAGGGCACUGGGGUGUAUUAAAAAUCGUCUGAUUGAAACACCCAAGACAGAUAUGCGACGUAAAGUCUGGCGUAACAUGGAAGAAGAGAGGGUAAAAAAAGGAGUUACUAAUGGUGUUGAAAAUACACCACCUUUUAAGGACAUAACUGCUUCAGCUCCUCCAAAAUUGUAUAGAUAUCCAAAGUACACAUAA